UUGAUUCUGUGUGUGUUAAGCGGGCUGUAUUACGAUGGGAAAAGCUAAAAAGUUUAAACCUUCCCAAGUAGGGAAGAAUUUAGCUUUAGCAGAUCAAAUCGAAUCCGUUAACUCUGUGAGGAGUAAAAAUAGAACGAAAGAGAGGAACAGGCACGACGAUGAUGAAGAGUUUGUCAAUGCAGACUUAUCUAAAAAAAUCUUAAAAGCUGCAAGGAGGCAACAAGCUGAAUUAGGUGAUGCUGAAGAAGGGCCGUCUCCUGCAAAACAUGUAACUCUUCCUGCUACAUUCAAAGAUGCAGAUUCUGAUGACGAUACUGGAUCAGACAAAGAUGAUUUGGAGCCAGACACCUAUUAUGAUAAUGUUGAAAUCAAUGAGGAAGAUGAAGAAGCACUUAAAAUGUUCAUGUCGUCUAAACCAGAACGGACCAGAACACUGGCAGACAUCAUAAAAGAAAAGAUCACUGAUAAACAUACUGAACUACAGACUCAGUUCUCAGAUGUAGAAACUUUGAAGUUGCAAAAUAUUGAUCCAAGAAUUAAAACAAUGUACGAGGGUGUGAGAGAUGUCUUGCAAAAGUACAGAUCAGGAAAGCUUCCCAAGGCAUUCAAAAUGGUUCCACAUUUACAGAAUUGGGAACAGAUAUUGUACAUAACAGAGCCAACCACCUGGUCCGCUGCGGCCAUGUAUCAAGCAACCAGAAUUUUUGCAUCAAACCUAAAAGAGAAGAUGGCACAAAGAUUUUACAACUUAGUACUCCUACCUCGUGUCCGAGAUGACCUUGCUGAAUAUAAAAGGUUGAACUUUCAUUUAUAUCAAGCACUAAGGAAAGCACUGUUCAAGCCAGGUGCUUUCAUGAAGGGUAUACUAUUGCCACUGUUGGAGGCUGGGGAUUGCACCUUACGUGAAGCCAUCAUAGUGGGUUCAGUACUGGCACGUAACUCUGUACCCGUGCUGCAUUCAAGUGCAGCCAUGUUAAAGAUUGCUGAAAUGGACUACACUGGAGCUAAUUCCAUAUUUUUAAGAAUACUCUUCGACAAGAAGUAUGCUUUGCCAUACCGAGUUGUAGACUCAGUUGUUUUCCAUUUCAUAAGGUUCCAAGGUGAUCAUCGCAACUUGCCAGUGUUGUGGCAUCAGUCACUGUUAACAUUUGUUCAGCGUUACAAGGCAGACAUAUCUACUGAACAGAGAGAUGCCCUUUUGGAAUUACUGAGGAAACAGUCCCAUCCAACCAUCACACCAGAGAUCCGAAGAGAAUUACAGGCAGCUAAAUGCAGAGAUAUUGAAGUGAAUGAAUCUAUACCAAGUGCAAUGGUGGUUGAAUAAAUGUUUACAUUAUAAACUAAAAUAAAAA